AUGUAUGUCGAUGUUAAAAUGGUGUGGAGCGCGCCGCCGGCGACGCGCGUGUCGCCCGCGCAGGUGGAGCCGCUGGAGCCCGGCGGGCUGGAGGUGGCGCGCGGCGCCGUCGACAUGGAGGCCAGCGCCGCCACCUUCGUGGACGGGCGCGCGCGCCUGCGCUGCCUCACCACGCUCUUCACCAUCGACCGCCAGACGGCCGAGGUGGAGCUGGUGGAGGACACGCCGCAGAUCGCGCCCAAAUAA